GGUUUAAUUAUUUUUUUGUAUUAUGGAUAGAUAAAACCUAGAUAGAGAAUUGUUAAAUACACUGGCACAACCUUUUUUGACUGACCAAAGAUGAUUUUGUGGAUGUAAAUGUCAUUAAAUAAUUGGUUCAUCUAUCUAUUAUAAUACAAACAGCAUUCUGGGGUUGUUUUGCAGUACUCAAAGUAGGUCCCCCACCAACAGCCCUGAUUUUGUAAUGGGUGGUCGUCAGUCCACACAAAGCAGCACACCACGUCAAUCCUCCUCUCAAACAAAUCAACAGCGUCAUUCAGUAUCACUUGAUCAAACCACAAGCAAUUCUUCAAGAUUUAGUAGUUUAUUUGGGGGACCUAGUAACAAUGCUCAAAUUUCUUCAACACCACCCGAGAGAGGAGUUAUUCGUAGUAGAAGAAGAAGAAGAGAUAGAGAUAAUUUAUUGAUUGAAGCACACUCAUUGCCUUCACAUCUGUUCUCAGCAAUGCUAGCAGAUAUUAAGUGCCCAGUGUGCAACAAAAGAAUUGGUUCAGAUGAAAUUGAAUCCCAUCUGAUCACGUGUUUGUCUAAACCACGAGUGUCGUACAACGAGGAUGUUUUAAAAGCAGAUGCAGGAGAAUGCAUUAUAUGUUUCGACGACAUGUGUGCAGGUGAAUACAUAGCUCGCCUUCCAUGUUUGUGUAUUUAUCAUAAAAAAUGUAUUGAUGAUUGGUUUCAAAGAAAUCGUUGUUGUCCAGAACAUCCAGAUCAAAUACCUAACGAACACACUACAUCGAGUGCUAGCCAGAGUACAAAUAAUAUACAAGACAAUAGAGAAGAGAGUACAAGUGAAACUUUAGGCGCCACAGCCAUGGAUGCUUCCACGGAAAACAAUGAAGCAUCACAUGCAGCUGUGUUCAUGCCGGAUUUAGAACUGGACGAUAGACAGAAUGACACGUUGAGUGAUGUCUCGUCAUCUGAUGAUGUGUCAAGAGAUGUCGCUCAAAGUAGACAAGACACUCACCCUCCGCCUGAAAUUGUCAUUUUAGACAGUACGCUAAGAGAUGAGGAUGACAGUGUUGCACCGCAAACGCUUAAUCGUCAAGUUUCUUCACCGACCGCUACGCCAGGAAAAGCAAUUGUUCACGUUGACGAUGGAAGUAUACACGGCUCGCCGACUUUAUUCGACGAAGACGAACUCGAUCAACUAACAACGAAAAUUAAAACAAUUUUAGUUGCAGAAAGUCCCAGGGGACAGGAAGUAAAUAACACGUGAUUUCCAAUGAACAUCCAGAAAAUGUUCCGACUUCUGUACAACUACUGAAUCUCAACAAAUCUUGAGGAGGUGAAACAUGUUCUUCUGUUUUAUACGACAUUUUAACACAACCAUUCCAAUAUUUAAGCUUAUAAUUUAUAAUAUAGGUGAAAUAUAAUAUAUCAAUUCUUCUUGUGAGCUAAACUAGUGCCGUACUAACUUUGACAGUACUGCGCACUGCGCCACUAGUACGUCACAACACUCGUGCAACUUGUGCUUUUGUAAAGCUCUUGUUAUUGUAAGCUGUGUUGAUCGUGCUGAUGAUUAAGAUUGUUAUACGUUUAUGUUUGUAAAUAAAGAAUGUGGUUUUUUGAUGAACUUUCGAGUUAUGCUCGUGUUGACACUGUUUUUCUUUAUAGCUUCGUUUUUGCUUGGUUAUUUUAGAAAGUUUGUCUAUGUUGAUCUUAACAGCCUUGCUUUUGCUUUGUUAAUAUACUUACCAUGUAAACCUGAGCUAUUUUUCAAUAAUUGCUCACGAAUCUCUCAGAAAGUCGCUCAGUCUCAAAAAUUUGACUCAGUCUGUUUUCUUAGUAAAAAAAAAAUGAAAUAUAAAAUUUUGCUUCAGUUGUUUUUAUUGAAUAUGCAUAUUUGUAAUGUUUUUAUUUAUUUUCUUCGGUAAAAACAAAACUACAUAUCGACAUUUUUGUUUUUGUGAUGACGAGUCACGUGACCGUAACAACUAUAUAGUAUGGUAACAGCUCUCACAGGAUUAGGUUUUUUCGGUACAACAAAAGAUAGAUUAGCGACAAAGCUGGGUGUUUUAUAACAAAUCUCGCAACGUACAGAUCCAGGCUUGUUGUUCAGUUAUGCGUGGUAUGUUAAGUUGCACUUAGCGUACUUGGUUUACAUUGAUAAUGGCGGCCAAAACACGGUAAAGUUCACAUUAGCAUAGAAAUUUAAAAGUUUUAUUAAAAUUUGUGCAAUUUUAUUUUAGCGAUAGUGUAUAUUUUCGCUAAUAUCCCACUGUCACAUAAUUUUCCUUCUUUACUCAUUUGGGACGUCUUCACAGAACUGUCCGCCAACAAAAGUAAACUUUCGAUGUACCCGCAAAUAUGACGCACUUUUUUCAUAUCCGCUUGUUUAAAGAGAAGCUUUG